AUGUCCAAGUCGGCCUACAUUUCAGCUGCUGCAGUUGGUCUGGCGCUGGUAGCGGUUGUGGCGUUAGUAGUCGAAGAUGUACAGGUAUGUUGGAAAAAAGGAGGACAAGGACUUGUGCGUUUUCUCGGGUUUUCAUCGAUUUCCCAGCAAAAUACAGGGUCUUCCAAAAAACGUGAAGGAAUGUCGGAGGCUCUUACUUUCGGCGGAGGCGGCGCAAAGACUUCGUUUUUCGAAUACGUAUUUUUAUACGACAUAAAUUUUUGUCAACAAAAAAGCAAGAUUUUAAUGUGCAAACUGAGGUCGCUACGAGCUUCUGAAGUAGGGGCAUUCAUACCCCUAAAACCAGUGUUUUUCUGUUGAAAAUCACCGAGAAAUGUCGGGUUUUUUCGGGGUUUUCGGUAAGAAAAACUCAUUAUUUUUCCGACAGACUAAUAUAAAAUUUUGAUGUUCUUUAUUUCAUAUGGUUACGUCCUUUCUUAACCGGUUUCUUCUUGACUAAAACAACUUUUGCAGGCCCAGCAAGUGGAAUACAUUCCCAUGCCGAACCAAGCCGGCUUCUACUUCCGCCCGCGCUCCGCUUCCUUCGACUCUUCCGUGGAGCUGGGCGGAGGCCGAGUGGAGCUCCCGAUUGGCUGGAAUCGACGGUUCGGGAAGCGCGCCGACCGCCGACGCCGACGUCUGGCGGUCCUGGAUUCGCUGGGAGGCCGUGACUUCCUGAUCCGCUGA